AUGGCGAAACACCAGGUGCUCUCGCUGGAGAAUUUUCCCUUGCUCAGAGAUUCAGGGAGACGCACGGCGGAGGAAGCUGAUUUACUGCAGCGAAGUAAAAAAAAGAUUAAGGCGAAUGUGGCAGAUGGAGCUGGUGAGGAGGGGAAGGUGAGAUCGUUUAGGGAUACCUUGAAGGGAGCUGAUGUGCAACGAGACGCGACCAACAGAGAUGAAGCGAUGGAGGAAGAUGAGCUAGAAUUUGGUCUGAUGAAGUGCCAUAUCUCUAUUCUUAAGCAUCAGAGAGGUAAAUUUGAGAUACCUGAGUUUGUGCUUUCUAAAAGGGCCCUGCAAAAGAUUAGAAAACCAUUUAAGUUAAGCCUCAUUGUGAAGCUGUUGGGCAAGAGAUUGGGGCUUAAUCGUAUGGAACAGAGAAUCCAGAAAAUGUGGGCUAGAUCUGGGGUUGUCUCGGUGGUGGAUCUUUCAAAUGAUUUUUUUGUGGUUAAUUUUUCUACUAUGGAUGACUAUGAAUUGGCGCUGUUGGGAGGUCCUUGGAUGAUAUCUGAUAGCUAUCUCACGGUUAGGGAUUGGAAGCCGAAUUUUGAUCCCAAAACCGAAGCUAUUGAGGACGUUCUGAUCUGGAUUAGAUUUCCUGAUUUACCUCUUGAAUACUAUGAUGAAAGCAUUUUAGAAGCAAUGGGCAAUGAGAUUGGUAGAACGGUCAAAGUUGAUAUGACUACCUCUCUUCAAUCAAGAGGGGGAUAUGCAAGAGUGGGAGUGCAAGUUGAUUUAAGGAAACCAUUACUCCCCCUGUAUAUUAUUGGGAAUAAGGAAAGGCCAAUUACUUAUGAAGGUCUUCACCUCUUGUGUUUUUGUUGUGGUAUGUAUGGGCAUACGGAAAGGGAAUGUAAGGAGAGGAAAGGGGCAGAAGACGGGGGCUGUGGAAAAGAGAAAGGAGCUGAUGGACAGGUGAGUGCUUUAUAUUUGGUGAAUGGUCUAAAGUGCAGUAUAGAAGGAGACCACGAAGGUUCCCACAAAGUGAGAAAAGGGGCAAUGCUGCUGAUGGAGGGAAUGAGCUAA